UGCCUCACAUUGUCGUUGUCGGUCUGCGCUGCUGAGCUCGAGGGGCCUCUGGAGGGGCCAAAGGGCAUCCUGGGACUUCCUCUGCCACCCGGCCCUCCAUUAACCCUCUUACUGGACCUUUUAUGGCUUCGUGAGGGACAGAGCCUCGUCUCUCAGCCCUUCCAGAGCUUUAAAAGCGUACAGGCGCAGCAGAAGAUGGCUACGACGCUGCAUGAAUUCACGCAGUUUACGGAUCCUAAGAUGUUCCCCAGAGUUCUUCAGAUCCAGUCGGGAAUAUAUUGUCAAGGUCAUGAUACUGAGAUGUUUGGAAGAGAGUGCUCUCUUUCGACAGGAGAUUUGCUGAAAAUCAUUGAUAUCACCAUCACCAGGUUCACUGCUCGGACCUCCAGCAAAACUGAGAUCGAGAUUCCUGUGGAAUAUCCAGGAUUGUUCAAGCUAGUGGCCGACAGUCAGCCGUAUCGCAGCAUACAAGAGAUAGCAGACUCGGUGAAGAUCAGCCCCCACAGACUGUCCCAGGCGGUGUUCCUCAGCGGUUCGGAGGUUCAGCUGGAGCAAGGCGUCAUACGGGAAGGGGACAGCUUCAGAGUGACGUCCGUCUCCCGUGAGCCCGGCGGUGGACGAGUGCUGUGUGAGCUGCUGCACAGAGAGCCCAAGACCUGCUUCAGCCUGAGCUUCUCCCAGCAAGGACACUUCACAGAGAGCCAGGACGACCAGUUUUACACCCUGAGAGAGAUAGCCGAGUGGAAGAUCUCCAAAGGCAGGACGAGGACUGUAACCGAGGUCAGAAAACUGCCCAAGAAGGACUUAUUAUUCUCACAUUUGCUGGAGAAUGUAUUUGGAGAGCUGAAGCUGACUCCUGUGUAUGAACUGAAGGCUGUUACGAGAAUCAGUGAGAAGAUUCUGCUCAUCCCGUCAAAUCUGGACGUGGAGGUGGUGGACGUCACCGAGCAGUUUGAUUGUGACUCCUUUGUGCAGCCUCUCUCUCUCACGGACGUUUUUAAGAGUCCCCCAGAGUUUUUUCCCGUGGUGGCUAAGUUGUCGUGCGAAAGACCCUUCAAGCUUUCUUCGGAGCUGGAAACACUUUUCCAAUCCAGUCAGGUGAUCGUUCAUCAUGCUUUCUACGCCAAACGAAUUCUGGCCUCGGAAAUGGGUCGUGAGUCGACGAGACACUUUCUUAUCCCGGAGUCCUACAACGGACGCUUCAAGCGGCGGCCGCGCCAGUUCCCCACGGCCUACGACCUGGAGCGAGCACGCAGCCAAACCGAGCAGAUCCGGGUGGUGGCCACCAGAGAGUUUGAGUCCGUCUACAACGGCCUGGCCUCCGUAAAUGCCGGAGACGAGUUCAUAGUGACCAAAGGCAAGAGCUGCGCGUCACACAAUGGAACCAAGAGUUCAGCCGAUGCUUUUCAGUGUCUGAAAGUCACAGGGACGGAGGCGAAGGAGCCGGUGCGCCUCCCCAUGUGUUUGGAGGGAGCAUUCAUGGAGCUGGUGAAAGACAAGCGGCAGUACACCGUUGCGGAAAUAUGCCAAUGGUUCUCGCUGCCCUUCAACGUCAAAGUGUCCGUGCGAGACCUGUCUCUAAAGGUGGACGUUUUGGCUGGCUUGCCCGGUCUGCACAUGGAGGAGGAGAUCUCUGACCCCUGCCUCCUCAUUUCAAACGCUGACCUGUCAGAGAUCAGGGAGGUUCCGGUCAAUCGCGCAGACCUGAUCCUCAACAUAAAGCAUCGCUGGGAUGGCCAGAGUCCAGUGUGUAGCAGGAGCUCAGUCGUAGAGGAGAUCUCAGAGGACUGUUACUACACACUCAGGAGGUACGCCGUUACUACCAUCACACCCCCUCCACGGCCUCCCAAAAAACCCAAAGAGCCUCCCCCUCGACCCCCCAAGAUGCUGUCGUCCAGAUCUGAGAGCGCCAACAGCGAAAGCUCCAGCUGCUCUCCACAGAGUCUUUGUGGCGAACCGUUUAAGCAAGACGACUUCAUUCAAUGCAGUGAUUCAAAAAAUGGAAAUGACAAAAAGAUCGUCGUUAGUCCCGUCGCUUUGCCAAGACCCCCCCUGAAGAAAGAUCUCGCCAAGGGCCGAAGUCUGGACAACGUAUCCAUCACACAAAAUGAAGAUGAUGACAACGAUGUGCACGAUUAUGAAUAUAUCGAUGAAGAUCAGAUCGACAGCAUAAGGAGGACAUACAAUGAACAAAACGUUAAGACGGACAAAGGAAAACCGAGCAACACGAUAUAAGAGUCACUAAACCCACUUACUUUCACUUCACAUGAUGAGAC